CGGGGCCGCGCACGCAGGGAGCAGGGAAGCGGGGGGUCUGUGUCCCUAAAUCCUAUUCCUGAGCGGCGUGCUUAGAGUGCCACCACAGAUGCAAGAAGAAAAUGACCUCUGUGGCUGACAGGCACAGAGCAGAGCUGCCUCUGGGGAGCUGGCACAGGACAAACCGGGCGGCUGUGGCAGAGGCAGGAGGAGCGGGGAGCCUGAGGGCAGACAGCCCUGCGGCGUCAGGAAAGGGAGGAAAUCCCAGACAGCUUGGAGCUACAGAUGCAAGGCAAGAAGUUUUAUGCUUGAACUUUGAAACUAAGCCUAAAGGAUUCAGAUGUUUUUAUAUGAGAUUCCAAGCAUUAAUAAAGACUGUGUGAUCAUGGUUUUGGAAAACUAAAAAUAUAUUUCCUGGCUACAUAUGCAGAUAUAUGUUUCUUAAGAAAAGCAAGAAUGAAGUCAUUUUGAUCUCUGAUGGAUGAAACCCAUUGGAAUGGAAACUAACAUCUAUGAAGAAGAACAGGGCUCACCUUAUCUUGUGUCUGCCAAGUACCUGGGAACUCCAAAGGAAGCCAAAUAUGAAGAAUACCAAAGAAAGACAGAAAAUCAGACAAGUCCAUAUGAAUUUCAGAAUUUGUUGCUGGAACCUGAGCUGAGCUUGCCCUCUGGGUCAUCCUUACUGGACCACAAUGAGACAUCCUUACAUCUUGGCAUGGCUGCAGGGCGUGCCAGUGCCACCAACCAGCCCAAGACAAAGCACCUUUGUGAAGAAUUAUCCUGUUCUACAAGGCACACAUCAAAGGAAGAUCCUUUAAACCUUCCCAUGCACACAGAAUGGCCAGUCCUCACAGGAAAAAAUCCAAACAAGAAACUAGAAGCAAAUUAUGAGAUCAGAGUCAUAGAACACAAACCUUGUGCUAUCACAUUUUCUGAUUUUGAAUUUUUAUCACAUGAAGCUGGCACUAAGCUCCAUAUUUGUGAGGCAGGAGAAGCAGAUGAUUUUUCUUCUGAAGAGGAAGAAGCAGAUAACAGAGGUGAUCAUGACACAUUUACAGAAUUGCCUCUGUAUGAGGCAUUUUUUAAAGGUCUUCAGAGAAGAAAUGUUUCCCAAAGAAAGCAAGCUAAACAUGAACUUACUAAAUAUCAGCACAUCUGUCAUUUAGAAGACUGCAAUAAUCAUUCUGAAAAGGCAUUGAAGGACCAUGACAAAGAAGAAAAACACAUGGAGCUAGAGACCCAACCAGAAAAAGAAUCUGAAUGGCCAGACUCUAUGUCAUGGCUUAUGAAGAAACUGGAACAGUUGAACUUAGAUAUUGAAGAAGCUCUGAGUGCUGGCUCUUCUCCCUCCAGUACUCCUUCUUCUAAAAGGCACAAGCAACUGUGCCCUGUUCAAGUAGAGACAGGCCUUUAUGGAGAUCAUCAAGAAAAAGGAUCCUGGAAAAACAGAAGAGGAGACUACCAGGAUCUAAAUUGUUUACCUUACAGAGUGCUGACAGGAGCACGACCUAAAACUGAUAUGCUGUUUCAGAAGCUGUGCAAGGAAAAAGCAGAAAUCGAAGCAAAGGAAGCCUGUGACUGGUUACGUGCAGCUGGAUUUCCCCAGUAUGCUCAGUUCUAUGAGGACUCCCAGUUUCCCAUUGACAUUGCUGCAGUAAAGAAAGAUCAUGAUUUUCUUGACAAGGACCUUGUAGAACCUCUUUGCAGACGACUGAACACACUGAACAAGUGCGCCUCAAUGAAACUCGAUGUGAACUUCCAAAGAAAAAAGAGUGAAGAUUCAGAUGAAGAAGAUCUCUGUGCGAUCAGUAAUAAAUGGACUUUCCAAAGAACCAGCAAACGAUGGUCUCGGGUGGACGACAUUGACGCUCUGCUUCACCGAUCUGACAGACAUGGCUCUUCUGGGGACAUUAAAAUGAAAAACACGACGAGCAGUGAGAGCGUCCUUACUGAUCUGAGCGAACCUGAGCUCUCCUCAAUUCACAGCGAGAGCAGUGGGGGCAGUGACAGCAGGAGCCAAUCUGGCACCACCAGCACUGCCAGGGAGGCCUGUGACUGCUCUGCCCAUCAUGAUGUGGAAAGCACCCUGCUGCAGGACUCCGCUGUAAUAAACACUGCCCCGUCCCCCAAGGACGCCCUGAAGAAUGAAAAUCCAACACGAGCCAGAGCGAAAACCUUUCUAAAACGCAUGGAGACGCUAAAAGCAAAAGCUGUGCAUGGAAAACUAAAAGGCUCGGGAAGAACGGGUCCUUUAGAAAUCAGCGGACCGGUUCUCCAGUUUGAGCCAAAAUCCUUGAAAGACAUGCACUGUGUACAGAUAGUCAAUGGCGAUCUCCAGAAUCUGGGGCAAGAUUCAGUCAAAAGAGGGCUUCCCUCUUCUGCCAAAUCCAGCAGUGACAGCAGUCAGUCCGAAAACAGCAGCAGUGGGGUGAGCACGCCGUGUUUGAAGGAACGCAAGUGCCAUGAAGCAAGCAAGAGAGGUGGGAUGUACCUGGAAGACCUGGAUGUUCUGGCAGGAACGGCCUUACGGCAAGUGGUGGACCAAAACCGCAAAAACGAAUUUCAUUCCCAAGAGAACUUGGUUGUGCACAUUCCCAAGGAUCACAAACCAGGGACCUUCCCAAAGGCACUUUCUAUUGAAAGCCUCUCACCUACAGACAACAGUAACAGUGUAAACUGGAGGACGGGCAGCAUCUCUUUGGGAAAGCAGAAUUGCUCUACUCCAAAGGAAUCCGGCCUGAUGGCUUGCUGUCCUAAAGAGAGCAGAAUUAGUAUUUAUGACAAUGUGCCAGGUUCCCACUUGUAUGCUAGUACUGGGGACCUCCUGGACAUAGAGAAAGAUGUCCUUUUUCCUCAGUUAGAUGACAUUUUGCAACAUGUCAAUGGACUGCAGGAGGUGGUAGAUGGCUGGUCAAAGAAGGUGUUGCCAGGUCUGCCGGUUGGUGAGGCGUCAGUCAGGGAAUCCCCAUCAUUGCCUUUCCAGUCGCCUACACAGAUCACUCUCGAUUUUGAAGGAAACUCUGUGUCUGAUGGCCGGACCACCCCGAGUGACAUGGACAGAGAUGGAACAUCCCUGAAUGAAUCUGAAGCCACUGGUGUUAGGGACAGGAGGGACUCUGGGGUGGGAGCAUCGCUCACAAGGCCAAGCAGGCAAUUACGAUGGCAGAGUUUCCAAAUCUCUCAUCGCCUGAGCCGCUCCAUUGCGUCGCUUCACAUCAGCAACCAGUCAGCAGCCCAGCUGAAUCUACUGCAAAAAUUCUCUCUGCUUCGACUCACUGCCAUCAUGGAAAAGUACUCCAUGUCAAACAAACAUGGCUGGACCUGGUCUGUGCCAAAGUUCAUGAAGAGGAUGAAAGUCCCUGACUACAAGGACAAGAAUGUCUUUGGUGUGCCCCUGAUAGUUCAUGUCCAGAGAACAGGGCAGCCUCUUCCCCAGAGCAUACAACAAGCCCUGCGCUACCUACGGAGCAACUGUCUAGACCAGGUGGGUCUGUUUCGGAAGUCUGGAGUGAAAUCCCGAAUCCAGGCCCUGCGCCAGAUGAACGAGAGCUCCCCAGAAAACGUCAGCUAUGAAGACCAGUCAGCAUAUGAUGUGGCUGACAUGGUCAAGCAAUUCUUCAGGGACUUGCCAGAGCCUCUCCUCACAAGUAAACUAGGAGAGACUUUUCUGCACAUCUAUCAAUAUGUUCCCAAGGAGCAGCGGCUGCAGGCGGUGCAGGCGGCCAUCAUGCUCAUGGCUGAUGAGAACAGGGAGGUUCUGCAGACCCUGCUCUGCUUCCUCAGCGACGUCACCUCCGUGGAGGAAAAUCAGAUGACUCCCAUGAACAUCGCUGUUUGUCUGGCCCCUUCCCUCUUCCAUCUCAACAUAGUGAAGAAAGAAAGCUCUCCAAGAGUAAUACAGAAAAAAUAUGCAACAGGGAAGCCAGAUCAGAAGGACCUCAGUGAAAACCUGGCAGCUACUCAGGGACUUGCUCACAUGAUAAUGGAAUGCAACAAACUUUUUGAGGUCCCACACGAGAUGAUCACCCAGUCCCGAAACUCCUAUGUUGAUGCAGAAGUGCAUUCUCCUACCCUGGACGAGCUUGGGAAACAAGUGGAUGAGGAAGGAGGGAACUAUCAGAUGUACCUAGAAACUCUCAUGCAAAAUCUCCAGAAAGAAGCAAAAGAGAAAUUCAAAGGAUGGGUCACAUGUUCCAGUGUGGAGAAUGCAGAACUCGCCUACAAAAAGGUUGGGGAUGGGAACCCACUAAGGCUGUGGAAAGCCUCAGUUGAAGUUGAAGCCCCGCCAUCAGUUGUCCUGAACCGAGUGCUGAGAGAACGUCACCUCUGGGAUGAGGACUUCUUGCAGUGGAAGGUGGUGGAGAGCUUGGACAAGCAGACAGAAGUUUACCAGUAUGUUUUGAACACCAUGGCUCCUCACCCCGUCCGAGACUUUGUUGUUCUCAGGACGUGGAGGACGGAUUUGCCCAAGGGGAUGUGCAUGCUGGUUGCCAUCUCUGUGGAGCAUGAAGAGGCUCCUCUCAUGGGAGCUGUGCGAGCCAUCGUCAUGGACUCCCAGUACUUGAUAGAGCCCUGCGGCUCAGGAAAGGCCAGGCUGACCCACAUCUGCAGGAUUGACCUAAAAGGACAUUCCCCAGAGUGGUACAACAAAGGCUUUGGACAUCUGUGUGCAGCAGAAGUUGCCAGGAUCAGAAACUCAUUUCAACCUCUGAUUGCUGAGGGACCAGAAACAAAAAUCUGAGGAAAUGUUCCUGGGAGCAUGGGAGCAUAAAUCAGGGUCUGGCAGAGAACAGGAAUACUGAAAGCAAAGGUCUGAUAUAAGCUGCAGAAAUCUGGCCAGACCUGGAUCUAUACAAAGCUGAAAAAGGAAUUUUAUAGGAAAGUUCUUUUAUUCUGGAGACUUCACCUUCCCCCCUUCCCCACAUCCACUCUGUAUUAAUUUUGAUUAUUGAACUAAACAUUUCUUCAGAGAGCUUUUAUUACUUUAAAAACAGAUUAUUGCAAUUACUUGUAUGUUACAUAACUCUGGUAUUUAAAGGCUUCUAAGAAGCAUAUUUUAAUUGUAAAUAAAUAAUGUACAGUAUGUAUAUAUUUAUCUAUAUUCAAUCUAUAUAUAUAUGUAUAUGUAUAAAUUAAUUAUUUUGUAUAUAACUCAGUGCAAAUCACUUGCAUCAGUUGUACCUACAUUAAGUGGACCUGUCACUUGUUUCUUAGUGUGUCACUGCUACAUAAGCUGUGUUUGCUGUUAUCACAGAGCUACCAGGCCUAAUUCGUGUGAUAACAAACGCCUGUUCCCAAAUAUGUUUUGUGUUUGUGUGUGCUAUGAGAAGGUACCUAGAAAUAGAUGUAGGAAGAAUUACAGGGACUAAGGAAGAAGGAGGUUACAGUGCAUUUAAAAAUAAUGAGGAGGGAAUCAGUCUCACCAAAUAAAAUACAUGGAGAUGCAUCUGAGACAGACAUUGUAGAGGCCACUUAUGUUCAGCUGCAGAAUUGUGACUUUUAGCAGAAGGUGUUGAAAACUUACCUGUUGCCUUAAAUGACUGGUGUCUGUCAGUAGAGACCUCACUGUGUGCAGUGUUCCAGGUAACUGCUCAUCCUCGGACAGCACAAGGUAAUGCUGUGUGUCCUGAGAUGGCUGAAAUCAGACUGGUAACUUAUUAAGCUGUAAAUUAAUUCUUUUUGUAAGCAUUUUGUCUAGGUUCUGAGUGUUUCUGUGUUCUUUCCUUCUCCCAUAGAGAUGGCUAAUCCAAAGCAGGUUUGCCACUUCCAGUGGACACAAAGACAUGCAGAUGAACACCAUGCCUUUUAAUAUUCUUACUAUACAAAUAACUAUGCUUUUUUAAGAUUUUAAACACAUCUUGGAGAUUUAAAGGACUAAAUAAAUACUAUUCUUGGAAAGAUUGCUUUUAUAGUAACAGCAAGCAUUUUCAUCUUAUAUUGCACUGUUCUGCACGAUCCCACCUCUGUAGACAUUGGUGGGAGCAGGAUUAGGACUAUGAGGAGUAGGAGCCAUUUAAGCCUAUUAUAUAAUUUCAUUUUCAGGGACCUAUUAUUUUGCUAAUGAAGAAUGCUUUAAAAGUAAUAAUAAUAAUUUGUCGACAUUGCCUUUGAGGCAGGGUUCCAUUUUGUUUUUAACUAACCUACGACCAAAAUGUUAUUACAUCUAUGACUCAGUAAGAAUGUACAAGCCUGUUAAUACUGUUCUUCAUUAAUCACAUUUGUUCAAUUAGACUUUAUUUAUUGCUGCAUAAACCAGCCGAGUCACUCAACAGCCAGUGUUUCAGCUCAGUCCUUCCAGGAAAAUCCAGAAAGAUUAGUAUGAGAUUGAUUAAGCAGGAUGCAUUUCCUAUGUGAAGCUACAGCUUUGUGCCCCGAUUCAAUGAAUGAGGAAGUCCCUUCAAAGCCAGAGAUCUGAACAUUCCCCAGGUGUGGGAGCUGUGCAGUGGACUGUGUUUGGUGACAGCUGCUAGAGCAUGACCCUGCGUGCCAUCCUGCACACACAUGGGGGCUAUGCUGGCAGGGGACAGUGCUGUGAGCUGAGGCAGCACCUGUGGGAGCUCAGGGUGACCCAAGGUGACCCACAGUGCUCCAGCAUGUUCUUGUGAAGGAGCAGGACUCCAAAAAAGUCACUGUCAUCCUCACCCAUGAGCUGUGUCACUCAUAUUUUAUUGUGCAAGUCCCAGGAUCAGGGAUGUUGGUUGCCUGGGAGCGCUCCUGCCUCGAGUUUAUGGCCAACAAGAAUUGCAAUGUGCAACUAUCAUGAGCUUUAAGUCCUGCAGACAGGGGAGCACUCAUGGGGCUGUUACAUGGUCGUAGUGGGGUUGGCAGUCACCCACUGGCUGCAGGGCACCCCCACUGCCCAGGCUCAGCCUUCCCAGGAGCAAUGACAGCAAUGGUGCUGCUUUCUGGAAUGGCGUUCCCAGCCUCCCCAGCUGGGAACGCCAUUCCAGAAAGCAGCACCUCCUCCCCAAGGCCUGUGGCCAUGGCAGCCGAUUUCAUGCCGGCUGUUUUCCAAAACAUGAGCAAUUAGAGUACUUCUGCUACAUUAGUUUACAUAAAUAAAUACAGCGGUGCCUCAGCAUUAAGAGGCACAGAAUUUCUAGCCCUGGGAAUGGAGUGUCUGGCAAUAAAUAAUGUCCUAAGGAAAAGAAGGGAAAACCUGGACAGUGGUUUUAUCCUGUCUCACAAGUCAUUGCUCAGCUGGAAGAGGCCCUGUGCCAUCUGCCACCCUUAGCAAGGUAGGGUUGUUUUCCUGCCCUUGCAGAAGCUCUGUCAUGAGCUUCUGGCAUCUCCAAGCCAUGUAUUGUUGAAAUAAGAUUUCUUCAAAAUGCACAUUAUGCCAUGUCUACCAUUCAGCUACCACAGUAUUUUGUAUUGUUACAUUGAUACAUUAUGAUAAUUGCAUUUUUAAAUGUUAUGCUCAUAUCAAUACCUCAUAUUUUUACCUCAUCAGUUGGUAUCAGUCAUUAGUUGUAAAUAAAUAAUUUCAGAGUUGAAUAAAUUUGCAUACACUAAAGAAUCGUGUUUCUUUGUGCU